AUGUCAUUUGCAGGCGGCAGGAGACUCAUGUGCUCUACUCUGGUGGUGGUGCUUUUGAUUCUCUCGGUGUUACAGAUUUGGGUCUGCUGUGAAUAUUCAUGCCAAGCCAGCGCAAUUCGGAUACUUCCUGCAGGAAACGGAUCAAUGGCAAAGCUCAGAAGAAAGGAGAGCAGCAUCAGCCAUGGCAGUGUUGAUAAGAAAAGCAAAGAGGAGCUGCUCCACAAGUACUUCAAUGGAAGAACUUUCAGUUUCGGUAACAUGAGUAGUGACAAAGGAUUCGAGGAGAACAAACGAAAAGUACCCAGUUGCCCAGAUCCUCUCCACAACUAG